CCAAGAACCUACUAAAUAUUGACAAAUGACAAUGACAUUGUCAUAAUCACAAAAUUUUCAUUUUCAAAAAGCCAAGACUUGAUUGAUCACCGUAUUUGUACAAAAAUAAAAUAAUUCGCAAUGGCUAAUCAAGAGCCCACCGAUUUGGAUUGGGUGCAAUUGCGCCGUGAGAUGGGUACAGUACCACUGGGGGAAACAACUAAAGAAAAAUUUGUGAGAAAGUUUCAAGAAAAUCCAUUUGUACCUUUAGGUUGUGCAGCAACAGCAGGUGCAUUAACUUAUGGCUUAUGGUGUUUUAGAAAUGGAAAAACACAAAUGUCCCAAACCAUGAUGAGGAUGCGAAUUUUGGCCCAAGGGUUUACCAUUACAGCUCUGGUUGUUGGAGUGGUAAUGACGGCUGGAAAAACAAUAAAAUAAUUGUACAUUUAUAAAUAAAUCAAAAUAUUUUAACUUUUCUUGUAAUAAAUAAAUGCUGUUGUAGUAGAUAAUUAA